AUGAUCUUCUUCGAGCACGAUGGUAUGUACUGUUGUGCUCUUGACCACUGGGAUUUCAACCACCACCUCCUCACGACCUUCAAGCCAACAUCGGAUGCCGCACCUCGUCUACGACGUCUCCCAAUGGAGCACAUCACAUCUUUCUUUGGUUUCCUGCUCGGUGAUCCUUUAGAUCAUGCGGGUGUGGCGAUAAUGCAUAACUUUGCCGUUCACUUCUCAAGGAUCAAGCUAUCUCGUUAA